AGUAUAGUUUAGCGUUUAAAUCUUAAUUUGGUCUCAUUUACAAUUUCCAUUGGUCAAUUCAGUCAAUGAGUAUGUAAAUUUGGUACGUGAAAAAGUGUCGCUUCUGAAUCCGCCAAAAGGUGUCUCAGGGAGAACAGUGUUAAUAUUUAGAAAACAUGGCAAGUAAAAAAGUCGUUGAACUUUUCGGAAUUUCCAGCAAAAGUUGUAAAGCCAAUUUUGCAAAUGUAAUAGUACGCAACCGUUCGAAUCUCCCUUCGGAUAGUAUUAAAAAAGUGACGCAUACUGGUCAGGUGUUCGAGGAGGAUGAUUAUCGAAAUGUCAGAUUCGUGUACAGACCAAAAGAAGUUAACGACAAUUGGGCCAUCAAAUUAAUAGACGAAGUUCCACCAGCACCUGCCAAAGAACGAAUUGUAGCUUGCGAUGGAGGUGGUGGGCCUUUGGGUCAUCCAAAAGUUUAUAUUAACUUGGACAAACCCGGUAACCAUACUUGCGGCUACUGCGGUUUACGUUUUCACAAAGAAGGUCACUGAAUAGGUGACUAUGAGAAAACAAGUAGUUACAUUGCACUAUGAAUCUUGUACAUAUGAUAAAAAGUAUUUAUUGUAAUUAUUAUUAAAAAUAUAAUACAAAAGGUAUUGGUCUAUUA